AGCCCGUGUGUGCCGCUGAUAAACCCUUUCUGGCAGGAAAACGUGACCAUCAGCGACUCAAGCCGACAACUUCUCACCAUGCAUGGGACCUUUGUGAUUCUGCUGCCGCUCAGCCUGAUCCUGAUGGUUUUCGGGGCCAUGACGGGGUUUCUGAGCUUCCUGCUCCGCGUCUCCAUCCUCCUCCUGCUCACGGGGACCCUCUUCCUGUUUGGAGCCCUGGUGACGCUGGCAGGCAUCGGCACCUACAUCGCGUACUCGGCGGCCGCCUUCCGGGAGGCCGUGUGCCUCCUGGGGGAGGAGGCGCUCCUGCAGCAGGUGGACAUCCGCUUCGGCUGGUCCCUGGCCCUGGGCUGGGUCAGCUUCGUCACCGAGCUGCUCACCGGGGCGGCCUUCGUGGCGGCGGCCCGCGUGCUCAGCCUGAGGCGGAGGCAGGACCAGGCCCUCUGAGCCCCGGGGGGGCCUGGCCCGGGGGCCCAGGGACCCGUCGGGGGGAGGGGCCGCAGCCGCCGCUGCCUCCGUCCGAGGGCCCCUGUGGACCGAGCUCCGGAGCCCGCCGUCAUCUCCGUGCUGUCUGUACCUCCUGGCGUGGUGUCCGUGUGUCCUGCCUGUGUGUGUCCGUGAGGGAAGGCGGAGCCCGGGUCGCCUGAGUGACCAACCAGCCCCGUCACCACCUCCUCUCGCUUUGUUUCCGUCCUCCCCCCACCGGAUCGGCUGCCCCUCUUCGCUAAGGACUUGGGGAUCAGAGAGGCUAGGAGAGCUGCGCCGAGGCGCACAGCGCGCUGGCAGUGGGCCCGCUGUGCGCGGCGGGCCGGGCCUGGGGCCCCACCGACCUGGGCCGGGGCGGGAGGGGGUGUCGUGCGAGAGCCGGGACCUGGGCUCCGCCCCGGCCACGCGAUGCAGACGUCCUCCCGACCUCCGGAGGGGCUCGCUCGCCGCGUCUGAACCCCGGGGCCACGCGGGCAGGGAUCCUCAGAGACCGGGUCUGCUUUCAGUCGUUGAGGCAGAAGCAUCGUCCCAGACCGUCCGGUGGCCAGGGCGCUGGUCCCCUUGCGUAUCACCCCAUCGCUGUCACGGGGAGGCCCAUCGACGGGCUCACGGGCGGCGGGUUCACAGGAAGGAGGAGUCCGCAGACCCGCGCGCGGAGGGAAGACGGAGCCGCAGGCUCCCGCUCAGCAGGGAGGAGUAGCCUCAAAGACACAGUCACAACCCGGACUGCUGGCCCAGCUCCGUCUGCAGUCCCGGUGCCGGUGGCAGAGGCGGCUUCCGCGUGGGAGUGUUGACCGAGCCUGCUUCCCGGCCUGCACGUCCACACUGGCAGGUCCACACACGCUGCGAUCCAGCGCCGGCGGGCCCUCACUGGAGUUUAAGGCUGGAGCAAGGGCCCCACCGGGCGGUGCUGCACUUCUCCAGCGGGGGGGGGGGGGGGGUGUCGCAAAGCGUCCCCCCGCCCCACCCCCACGGUCUCCUCCCCGGUGUGAGGGCCUCCUGGGCUGGGACCCGGUGACACCCUCGCAGCUCUGGCUGCGGGGCCUCAGUGGGUCUGGGUGCGGGUGCGGCUGCUCGGCCCUGCCCGCAUCGAGGGUUCUGGAAGGACCCGCUCCUUGCAGGCGAACUCCAGUCGGGGGCGAGGCGGGCGUUCUCAGGGGACCAGGUGGGGGUGGGUCUGAGAUGGGAAGUGAAAGGUUCCCGUGGGGUUCACUGAUGGGGCGACCUUCAGGUGGUCCUCGCAUCCCUCCCCCCGCCCCCAGAAAGUUCCGUCCCUCCUCUCAUCCGGGUAUUCCGGCCCACGGGAACGGGGGCGCCCGCAGUGUCGCAUCCCUGAGUCCCCUGGACCGGCUUUGCUGACAGCGAGGGUGCGGGACUCCGGAGGGCCCCCGCCCCGAGGGGCUCAGGGAGUCGGUCAGGAGGCCCUAGCAGCUCCCGGGGGUGCGGGCACUGCUGGCCCAGGACCGCACUCUGCACACUCUGUGUGACACGAAUCUGGAGGAUCCGUGAAGUGACAGGGGUGACUGUCACCUUCCUGGGCGUUGGACCCGCCUGGCUGAGAACUCUCUGGAUGAUUCCAGUGUACAGCUGGCGUUUUCAAUGUGUUCCUGUAAGAUUGAGAAAAUCCCUAGGUAAGUGCUGAUGGAUGGGGGUCCUAAGAUGACAAUCCCAUUGUCAACAUCGUGAUGUCACUGUCCUCACGACACCAUCCUUGUGGGACGUCACUUCCUGAUGACCUCCCCGUCCUCACCGCGGCACAAGCAUCAUCACAGCUGACACUCACUGAGUCCUUAUGCACCUGCACUGUUCUACAUGCUGUCGAUCAGUCACUCAACACACACUGGAAGCCACUGCAUGCUAGGACCUGGGGGCGGUGACCCACUAGAGCAAGCCCUCUCCCUCUGAGCUGCUGCAUCGAGGAGGGAGGCGUGCAAAACAGGUGGUCGGUGGUGAGGACUAUGGAGACAAGCGAGGCUGGGUACAGAAGAGGAAACUGAGGCACAGGCUAAGUUAACUGGCCCGAGGGCACAGAGAAAAGGAUGGAAAUUAGAUCUGCCUGAUUCCAGGAUGACUGCUGUCUGCUGGUGGGUUCAGGGACUGCCGCCGCCUCCCCUCCUGGUUGGAAAAGUGCACACUGAGCGGACUGCUCACAGGGCCCCGCGGGAACAAACCAAGUCGCAAGAUCAGUUACGUAAGCACAGGGACAAAAGGAAAGGUUUCGCAAAGGGAGGGCAACCAUGCUAGUGAGAAAGCGGUCUUUGCUGCCACCUGCUGGUGACGUUGUGGAAGUGCGUCAGGGGAGGGACCUGCUUCUCAAGUCGGUCCAGGACUCUUCGGCCCUCUGGGCGCCUGACACAGCAGGGCAGGGGCCCUCCCCCGGGGCGAUUCACCGUCUCCUGCCCGCCUGGGACACUGGCAAUGGCCACAGACAUCUCCGGCUGUCACAGCUGGGGAUGAGUGCCCCUGGCACCCGGUGGUGCCCCUGGCACUCAGCAUCCCUUGGUGCACGGGGCAGCCCCCACGGCGGAGAAUUAGUUAGUCCCACGUGCCAGGAGUACGGAGCCUGAGAAACCCGCUCCGGGCACAGACACGAGUCGUCACAACAGGAAGCACGUGUGCACUGAGGAACGAACAACGUAGUUGGAAAGAAACUCACUCAUUAGUAAAUAUUUGCCAAACUCCUA